AUGGACAGCAGCAGUGAGCAGCUGGGCAGAGGGGAGGACGACGCCGCCUGCACAUCGGCCUCUGAAGGACUGGAGGAGGGGGAGGUGGAGGGGGAGACGCUGCUGAUCGUAGAGUCGGAGGAUCAGGGCUCAGUGGAUCUGUCGCAUGACCAGAGCGGAGACUCUCUGACCAGCGAUGUAGGUGAGGAGGCUGAUGGAGGCUGGGUCUGCGAAGACAUGUCCUUCUACUGCGACCUCUGCCACAAGUGGAUCCCUGCAGCUCAGCUCCGAGGUGAACAGCCGAGCUACCUGAAAGGAGACAACUUCUUCAAAUUCAUCUGCUCUGACUGCUCAGAGGACGGCAAGGAGAGCUUUGAGAGAAUAAGGCUCACCUGGCAGCAGGUGGUGAUGCUGGCCAUGUAUAACCUCUCUCUGGAGGGGACAGGUCGACAGGGUUACUUCAGGUGGAAAGAGGACAUCUGUGCUUUUAUCGGCCGCCACUGGAACUUCCUGCUGGGAACGAGGAAGAAAACCUCUACGUGGUGGAGCACAGUGGCCGGGUGCCUGUCAGUCGGCAGUCCAACCUUCUUUCGCUCAGGGGCGCAGGAGUUCGGAGAACCUGGGUGGUGGAAGCUGGUCCAGAACAGACCACCGACCCUGAGACCAGAAGUGGACAAAUCCGCCUCCAGGCCCAAAGCCUCCAAACCAGCCCUGGAUCCAAUCAUCACCGUGGAGGGUCUGAGGAAACGAGGAGCUAGAAAUCCGGUGGAGAAUGCAAUGCAGCUGAAGGAGAAGCGUUCCCGCACACAGGAGGCCAAAGACAUCCGGCGGGCCCAGAAGGAGGCAGUGGGCAGCUACACCGACCGCAGUGCAUCUUCCACACCUGUCAAACUUGGGGGAGGCCGCGGUAGCAGCACUGGACGACGACCAGACCUUAUCCUGGAGAAAGGUGAAGUCAUUGAUUUCUCAUCUCUCAGCUCCUCAGACCGGACGCCGCUCACCAGCCCAUCGCCAUCACCGUCACCUGACUUCUCUGCUCCGGGCACGCCGGCGUCUCAUUCAGCUACGCCCAGCCUGCUGUCUGAGGCAGACCUCAUUCCGGAUGCUAUGCCUCCACAGGCGCUGUUCCAUGACGAUGAGGAGAUGGAGACAGAGGGCAUGAUUGAUCCAGGGAUGGAGGAUACCCCCCCACCAUGCGCCAGCCUUGUUGCUCGUAAGAAGCUUCAUUUAGCACCAACUCGCAUCAAAUGUGAAGCAGAAAGCGAGGAUGAUGAAGGUCGUGAGCAUGAGAACAACUACGAGCGGCCUUUAGGUCAAACUGAAGUGCCGUGUCUCUCAGUUGGUGGGGCCGAAGAGCCUGAGAGGAGGAGGAAGACGGCUCAUCCUGAGAAAGCAACUGGAGGUGGUGCUUCCUUCCAGAGUCCUCGUUUCACCCUCCUUAGUCUGUAUGAGGAGAGAAUGCUGCUGCGGCGGCUCGAUGCUUGUCCGCUGGCCCUGGCAGUCACCCCACAGGCCAACCGCCUCUACAGGAAGCUGCUGGUCCGCCAAGCCAAGAGGCAGCGAGGGCUUCCCCUGCUGGACAUCGACCGCGCCAUCGGCUCCACCCUCAGCUUGGUCGGAGGAAUCUACUGCGCCCAGGGGUCCGGGACACUGAUGGGAGAUGGAGUGGUUAGAAAGUACUGCACUAACAGCCAGGAGCAGCGUAUUCUGGAUCGCUUUCAGACCAACGUUUAUGGCAGGAGGGGGAUCCAGCAGGACUCGCUUUCCUUCUGGCAUCGUCUCAUGGGAGCAGAGGGCAGUUUGGACCAGAGCAUCAAGAGCCCGUAUACAGCCCGCAUCCUGAAACCUUAUAUCAGGAGAGACUAUGAGAGUCGUCCUGUGAAGCUGAGGUUACUGGCAGAGAUCAGAGCUUAUCCUCACAGGAAAGAUCCAAACUGGGUCCCUGAACCAGAUGCCCCCAUCGAUUACUGCUACGUUCGUCCCAACCACAUCCCUUCUGUCAACGCCAUGUGCCAUGACAGCUUCUGGCCAGGCGUGGACUUAUCAGAGUGUCUGCAGUACCCGGACUUCAGCGUGGUUGUACUCUAUAAGAAGGUUGUGAUCGGCUUUGGCUUCAUGGUGCCGGAUGUCAAGUACAACGAGGCCUACAUCUCCUUCCUGUUGGUCCAUCCUGAGUGGAGGAGAGCUGGCAUCGCCACCUUCAUGAUCUACCACCUCAUCCAGACGUGUAUGGGGAAGGACGUGACUCUGCACGUGUCUGCUAGUAACCCGGCCAUGCUGCUGUACCAGAAGUUUGGCUUCAAAGUCGAGGAGUACAUCUUGGACUUCUACGAUAAGUACUACCCUCUGGACAGUACCGAGUGCCGUCACGCCUUCUUCCUCCGACUUAGGCGCUGAGACAACGGACCCGUCUGACAGACCGUGUCCGAUCGUCUGCCAUGAGGCCUUGAUGGACAUAAGCCCAGCAGUGUCUGAUCAAUCUGGAGCAGGGUUGACACUGGAUCCAACCACCUGCCUCCACCUCCAUGGACAAAGGCUUGAGGGGUGGAAUACUGAGUUGAAGACAAUGUUUUCACACUGUGAAGGACUAACGACACCUGAGAGUACGAAAUAUGGUUCUGUGGUCUUUGUUCUGCAGAACUGGGAGGUUUAAGUCACAUGGCUGAUGUUUGUUUGUUGAUUGUCCUGUUUCAAUGGACUGAGGACACAGCUGCUCCUGAUCUAAGCAGCUGUGUGAUAGCUUAAUUUCUGUAACUUGUCAACAACACAUUCACACAUUAAAAAGCUAAAUCAAUCAACACAA